ACAAUUACAUAAAAUCCCACUUCAAUUUCUUUAUCUUUCUUCUAUGCUUUUGAUUUUUGAUUUUGAUUUUGAUUUUGAAACGCGUCCUCUCUUGGACAAACCCCCAAAAUCCCUGCAAUUACUCGUUUCUCCAAUUCAAUUCUCUCCUGUAGAUCGCUGUUUCAAUUUUUGUUUGUCUGCCUACCAAAUGCUUACGGGAGCCUUUUUCUCUGGUUCCUCUUUUUGAUACAAACAUUAUUUGUUGGGGUUUGCCCUUUUGUUUGGAUGAGAGAGAAAAAGAGAAGGGAAAGAGAGAAAGAAAGAGAGAGAGAGAGGUUGGAGGGGGUGGGGUUGAGUCUCUUUUCCUGCAAUCUUGGUAUCUGGAGGGGUCGUGGAAGAAGCAAACAGGAGGAGGAGGAGGAGGUGAGAUUUCUUGACUUGAAGGAUAUUAGCGGUGGCCCACUUUGAGAUACUUUUCUUCUUUGUUUGAUAUUGGUGUCAACGUUUCUCUACUGGGCUGUCGCCUGUCUUCUCGUGACGGCCCGGGUUUAGUCAAUUGAUUCUGCUGGAACUCCGGGAAGGAUUCAAGAAUUUCUUCUCUUUUUGUUGGCUAAUUAUGAUCUGGGCUUUUUGGUUCUUCCUGGGUUGAAUUUACGUCUCCUUAAUCAUUAUGUCCUCGCUCGUGUGCUCCACUGUGUUUAUUGAGUUUCAUCUCCAAACAGUGGACUUACUUCCUCCGUCUUUCUGGAGUUGUUGAGUUGAAUGACUCUUGAUUUGGAGUACUCUUAAGCCAUGGCUGGUAUUGAUGUUUCGAAGUAUGCGCAUAGCCCUGUACACAAGGCUGUGGCCACCAGGGAUUAUACCAAUCUCAAGAGAAUCCUUGCGAGUCUUCCUCGGCUCUGUAAUCCGUCUGAGAUCCGCACCGAGGCUGCUUCAUUAGCUGAGGAAAGCAAGGCGGAUGCUAUUUCUGCCAUGGUUGAUCGCCGAGAUGUCCCAAAUCGGGACACUCCGCUGCACUUGGCUGUAAAGCUCGGGGAUGAGACUGCUACCGAAAUGCUUAUGGUCGCAGGGGCAGAUUGGAGCUUGCAGAAUGAGCAUGGUUGGAGUGCUCUUCAGGAAGCGAUUUGCAGUAGACAAGAAGGGAUUGCUAUGAUAAUAGUCAGGCAUUACCAGCCAUUGGCUUGGGCAAAAUGGUGUCGGAGAUUGCCUCGCUUGAUCGAGACCACGAGAAGAAUGAGGGAUUUCUACAUGGAAAUCACAUUCCACUUCGAGAGUUCGGUGAUUCCUUUCAUUUCUAGGAUUGCUCCUUCAGAUACUUACAAGAUCUGGAAAAGAGGUGCUAACUUGAGGGCAGAUAUGACACUGGCUGGUUUUGAUGGGUUUAGGAUCCAACGUGCUGACCAGAGUGUUCUUUUUCUUGGCGAUGGGACAGAGGACGGGAAAGUACCUCCUGGUUCACUUUGUAUGGUCUCGCACAAGGAGAAGGAGGUAAUGAAUGCUUUGGACGGUGCUGGUGCUCAGGCUACUGAAGAGGAGAUUAGACAAGAAGUGACUGCAAUGUCUCAGACUAAUAUAUUUAGACCUGGAAUUGACGUCACGCAGGCCGUUCUUUUACCCCAGUUGACUUGGAGGCGCCAGGAGAAAACCGAAAUGGUGGGUGCCUGGAGAGCUAAAGUAUAUGACAUGCAUAAUGUGGUUGUAAGUAUCAAAUCUAGGAGGGUCCCUGGGGCUAUGACAGAUGAUGAGUUCUUCUCAUCUUGUAAUGAAAAUGAAACUGAGAGUGAGGAGCUUGACGACAUUUUAACCGAGGAUGAAAGGAAGCAACUUGAGAAUGCACUUAAAUUAGAUUCAUCGGAAUUGGCUUCUGAAAAUGGUGAUGCAAUUGUUGGGCAUCGCCAUAGCUGUUUCGAGCAAAGGGAAGUUCCUGUCGAGGAUGUAAAUGGAUGUAGGAAUGGAGAGAUUAAGCAGGAAAAGAAAGGAUGGUUCGGGGGAUGGAGGAAACGGGAUAGCAAACAUGAAGGACAGAAGAAGAUUACACCUCCAAGAAGUUCCCUUUCUAUGGAUGAUAAGGUAGGCGAUCUUCUAGGGGAUUGUCCUCCUGAAAAUCAUAGCAGCAGACCUGGAAGACAUUCGGUAGAGAUAGUUUCCGAGCACCGAAGAGGAAGGGAAACCAGAGCUACCACUUCGGCAUCUGAUAGCAAAAAUCGUCACAAGGAUGGGAGUCAUGAAAAUGAAUAUAAGAAAGGGUUGAGACCCGUUCUUUGGCUUUCUCCAAACUUUCCUCUACAAACUGAUGAACUAUUGCCAUUGCUGGAUAUUUUAGCUAACAAGGUCAAGGCAGUCCGUCGUUUGAGAGAACUGCUCACCACAAAACUUCCAAUGGGAACCUUUCCGGUCAAGGUUGCCAUCCCUGUGGUUCCAACCAUCAGGGUGAUUGUCACCUUCACAAAGUAUGAAGAAUUACAACCCGUGGACGAGUUUGCAACGCCCCCAUCAAGCCCAACAGCUGCAGCAGGCAGGGAGAGCCCUUCCGGGGCACAAUCGUCCUCAAGUUCAUCUUGGUUUCAGUGGAUAAAAGCCCCGUAUCAACGACCGAGUUCAUCGUCCACGGUUUCCAGCAGCAGGAUAGAAAUUCUUGAAGAUCCAUUCACCAUCCCCCAGGAUUACACCUGGGUUACCGCAGAAGCAAAGAAGAAAAAGAUUCAGGAAAAGAACAGAACAAGGAAAGGAAGAAAUCGCCGUGAUUAAAUCCAAUGUCGUAAGUUUGAUCUCUCAUAGCCGAAGCAGGUCGAGCUCGUUGACAACAAAUUAGAAGAACAGAUACGAGGUAGAAAAUAGUUACUCAUGUUAAAAUCAUAAAUUUGUGUUUGGAAGAUGAAGAAAGGAAAAGGAAAUGGUUGGUGUGGUCAUGUUUGUGUAGAAGCUUUUAUUGACCCUUUGAUGCUCUUUAGGAAAUUCUAGUAAAUCAUUGUGGGGGCGACGGAAAGAAUAACAUUGUCGUGGAUUUUUUACACCAUUUCAUUUAGUUUCACUUCUUACAUUGUUCUCUUACAAAAUGUUCUAACAUGAUCAUAGGGGUAAAAUUAUGGAAUUUGUCAUUUAGGCUCAUUAGUUAGAUUUGUGUAUCAUGUAUUUAAGAAGCCAGAUUUAUAUUUAAUAUGUGUAUUCGUUUA